CACUGAACAUGUACGAAAUGUCACUCACAGGAAAAAUAAUUAAUUCAAAUAUAUUCAAAAACCAAAAAUUCUCCUUUCCUAAAACGUGGUUUGAGUGUCACCUUUGAGUCAAAAAUAUAGGCCAUAGGCAUAAGCGCUUGUUCACCAUCAAAAACGAGCAUUUUACAAAAUGCAUACGAAUCAAAGGAGAAAAUGUGAAUACGUACAAGAAAAAGACGCGUCAGAAUUGAUAGCAAAAGCUGCAGAAUUGAUGGAGCACCAGAUGACCAGAAAUGACUUCGAGAGACACUACGAAAUUUUGUGCGAAUAUUUUGAAUUAUCCCAAAAUGGAUUUCUCUUGAAAGAUCUGUUUAAUGUGAUGAGAGUGGCCGAAAAACUAGCCGACAGGCAAGACGAGGUUGAGACAUACGGCAAAAUGAUGGAGAUAUUGUUGUCCAUUGCUGCUUUCGCGCCUCUUUUGUCGAAGUCUUCGGAAAUUUUCAAACUAGUAAAGGAUUUAGAAGAAUAUUUUUCGAUUCUUGGUUAUUUGAUGGUUUGCCUGAAAAGCAUCGAGUUGAAGAAAUGCACAGCUAAUGCCUUGAUAAGCCUAAUCACCUAUGACAAAUAUUCGCCACGAAUCGCUCCAUUUGACAUGAGAAACAAAGCUGCCGAAAACAGCCGUUUGCCCGGGAUAUUAGGACAACUUUUACUAUUCGCUGACGAUGAGACGUUCCUCCACGUCUUGGAUAUCAUCAGACUGGUGAAAUGUCAGGGAAAAUUUUACGAAGAUAUUAUAGCCCAGGACGCCUUGAACGUACUUUUGAUGAGGAUAGAACCAACGUGGAGAGAAAGAAUAGAAAAUGGAACAAAACCUGGUGUGCCUUGCAGCAAAGAGGUCGAGUUACCUCUGUAUAAUCCAAUAAGUUCAGUUCUUUGGGUGUUGCUCAAAUACUGUGAGAGUCACAGAGAGGUCUUGUCGAUGAUUGAGGAGUUACGCCCUUUUUCGAUAUGGAGUUUGCAAUACGCUUUCAUACUAUUCGUUACAUCGUAUAACAAAUUUGUCGAGCGAAACGACGUAUUGGCCAUAAUUUUGCAGCUUCUGAGGUUGUUCCCGAAUCUGUGUUUUGUAGAAAGUGGACUAGCUGACGAUUUGGCAAAUAUCGGAUACAUAUCAUUGUUCCAACCCAGAAGUGCAUGGGGCAAAAAAAUAAAGAUUACAAACUCCGAAGUGGAUUUCAUGUAUGUGAAACUUUUAUUGACAAUAUUACCAUACUACGUGGAAUGGGAUGCUGGUGUCAAAGUAUUGGAGUGCACAAACAUUAUAUACCACCUGCUAAAGAUGCUGAAAAACGCGAGUUUAGAGAGAACCGAUUCAAAAUGGCUGCCGCUACAAUCUUGUUCCAUUAACGUUUUUGUAUGGGAGAUCCUUUUCAGAGUGAUACCUAAAUUGGAGGAGGAAUUUAUCGAACAUUCGGGACCUAGCAUAUUACUGAGCUGUUUACAGAUAUACAAAGACAAAGAACUAAUCCUGAACAAAUGCCUCAUGUUGUUUUACAACAUCUUGAAGGACGAUUUUAAAAUGACAAUCCGAAAUUCUCUGCUUUUCAACGACGGAAUUCAUAAAGUGAUCAUCGUGGCCAAAAGCAUUUUGGAACGACCCGUUUUCAGCCGUCUAAUUCAAGAUUGCAUCCAGAAUAUAUUUUGCAUACUGAAAUAUCUGUAUGGAGACAAUGUUGACAAAAACUGUACCUGCUACUUGGAAAUCGUACUGAAAUACAUGGAUCGCAUGUUGAAUCCAAAGGAAGACGAACCAGCAUAUGACAACAGAAUCAUUGUGUGUCUGAUGGAUUUCAUCUGGGAAACAGUGAUGAGAUCUGACGCCACUUCAAGACAGUUUAUGAAGAGGGGAGGAGUGUACAAGAUGUUGGACAUUGUCGAGAGAUACCCGUUCCAUGUGAAACUAAUAACUCUCGGGGCAUUGGUGGACAUGUGCGAGGAUAGCAGCUGUGUGCCGUACGUAAUCACUUGGAAAGGAAGAAAGCACAGCAACUUUCUGAGUCUCCUUUUAGAAAUAUUCAGACUUGAAAACAAGAUGUUAGGCGUACACACCGGACAUAGAGGGCAAAUAGCAGACGAGAAACAUCCGAUUAUGGGUGCAGACCAACGAGAUCACACAAACACGCUCGGAAGCAGUUCUCCGGCGAUGUACGAUCUUUUUUUGAGCUGCAGACCGAAAGUUUACGCUAUUCUGCAGUUGAUAUACGAAAGGCAUGCCGAAGUAACUGAACAGGCCGAUGAGUGUUAUAAAAAUUUGCAGGUGGAUUUGAGCGCUGAAGACAAGAUGACUUUGCUAUUAGCCGAAAAUUUCCUGGGCCUAAAACUUUGCGAAGCUUGGCGAGAAGUCGACAUGGAAUUGCAGGAAAUGAAUUUUAAAGCGUCCAGUUUUGAUCAUAAAAUACUCAACAACCUGAUUGAGAGAUCGAACCGGUGGGGCAAGCAUUUGAAGAAAGUGCAACUUCAGUUACUUCAAGAAGAAAGAGAUAAUGGAGCUUUAGAGGAAAAGAAGCUAUAUCAAACUCUAGCAGAACCUCGUUUACACGAAGCUUUGGACGCAUUGUGCGAGUUGAAAUACAUAGCUAGAUGCACAGAAAGGAUGUUCAGGGUGUCGCAGAAAUUCCUACAAACACUGCAAGUAAAACAUUCUAUGAGAAAACUAUUCAGCGGGAAAGACACGCAUACAACUUUUUUGAGCGAGCUGCAUGCGACUCCUGUAUUCAAUCAAACUGUAACAGUCAUCAGUGACCAGGUAGGUGAAAGCGCCCAACCACCAGAUAUAUCUCUCAGUCCAUCUGAUGAUGUUGGAGUUGGACAUUCAGCGAGGGAUGGUUCUAUCCAAAAUGAAGACCACACACCUGGCGAAACGAUUUCCAAAAAUGAAUGAUUACAGUUCUUAUAUGUUGUUAUAAUAAUAUACAAGUUUAACCUCGUAUUCUUUAUUAUUGAAAUUAUCCUGUGAUUUUCAUGUUCAUAGGAUUCCAUUGUCUGGGAAAAUCAAAACCACAUACAUAUGUGUUUAGAUUUCUGUGGCAGUAAAGUAAAAUUAACAAUUAUGUGACAAUAUAUUUUGUUUUCUGUCUUCCAGGUGACAUUUCGUUUGUUUUACUUUCUACGCCACUUUGACAUCUAAAGGAUCUUGCUUGUUUUGUGAGGAAAUAAUAUGACAUAUAGUUGUAGUCACCAUUCUUGGCGGGUCAAAGUAAGACUACUAGUAUCCCUUUAUAUGUCUCCAUCUCCCACAUACAUAUACAUGCAACCUACCCCUGUAUGUGAAUGUUGUAAGCUCAAAGACAUACGUUUUUUGUUGUGUAUCUCCCUCUCGAAAACUUCGUCAUUACGUCUGAUUGCCCUUCAAUCAUAUUUGUUGUAGUUGUCCUGAUAUCAAUCUUCAAUAUAAAAUUGUACAAUGUCCGGAAAUAUGAUGGAGAAGGCCGACAGCUCGUGCUAAAUCUAUUAAGAGUAUUUCCAGGAAGAGGAUGAAAACAGCGGUCCCCUGUUACCCACUUCAUGCGUACUGGAGAGAGUAGCAGAUGGGCUGAAGGUUGUACGGAGACUCAAUCUGUUUACUUAUUUCAUAUGUGUUUGAUGACGUAAUCGCCAAGAACGGUGACAACAACUAUAUUUCAUCAAAUAGGAUGCUAUGAUUUGAAGCUAACAUUAGUAUUAUAAUUCAUAUGUCUAAGUGUAAUGUGAUUAUAAUUAAAAAAUAAUUAAUGCCAUAUAUUGGUAAUCAUAAAUCUUUUGUUUGUUUACAAUAUGUUAUAUUACAGUGGAUACUAUUACACGGUGGUCAAUUUUAGAGAGUGUAAAUGGCAACACUGGCUGGUGUCAUUUAAAUGUUGAGUAAUUUGUGUGAUUUGGCUAAUCAGGGGGCUAGAAACUCAAGUUGCAGGUCAAAUCUCUUCAUUAAGCAGGCAUCAUCAAGCCAGUGUUGCCAUAUACGUAUUUAUGUUUAUGUUUUCGGCGUUAACUAAGGAAAAUAGCUGAUUGUGUUUUCAUAUUAUUGUCACAAAACGUGUUUUUUAUGUGAUUAUACAUUUUUGUGUUUAUUUUCAUGGAAAUAUGUUAUGCAUGUGUAGCAAUACAAAAGAUAUUCAUAAAUUGUUAUACCAGUUAAUACAGAGGCUUGCUAUUUGUAGUAAAAGUAAUUUUCAAGCACAUCCUGCCUAAAUCUUAAUGGUUACCAUAAUUUCACAUGUCCGAAU